ACGCCGGCAUCAAUUGAAUUGAAAAAAUACGAUUAAAAACACGUUUGCGCGGAGCAUUUUACAAAGUGUGUUUGCAAUAUUUUACAAGUGACUAUUGAAAGAAAAAUUUUGCUGCAUUUUUGUUAAAAGUUGAUAAUAAAAUAUAAGAAAGAUGCCAGAAGAUGUGGAGACCUUUGCUUUCCAGGCUGAGAUUGCUCAGCUUAUGUCGUUGAUCAUCAACACAUUUUACUCGAACAAAGAAAUUUUCCUCCGUGAGUUGAUCUCCAACGCAUCCGAUGCGCUGGAUAAGAUCCGCUAUGAGUCGCUCACUGACCCUACAAAAUUGGAUAGCGGCAAAGAGCUGUACAUCAAGCUUAUUCCCAACAAGACUGCUGGCACCUUGACCAUCAUUGAUACCGGUAUUGGUAUGACUAAAUCGGAUUUGGUCAACAAUUUGGGUACAAUUGCCAAGUCUGGCACAAAGGCAUUCAUGGAAGCGUUGCAGGCUGGCGCUGAUAUUUCUAUGAUUGGUCAGUUUGGUGUUGGUUUCUACUCUGCCUACUUGGUUGCCGAUAAAGUGACUGUCACAUCGAAGCACAACGAUGACGAACAAUACAUUUGGGAAUCGUCGGCCGGUGGUUCAUUCACAGUGAAACACGAUAACACGGAACCUUUGGGCCGUGGUACAAAGAUAGUCUUGUUCAUCAAAGAGGAUCAAACUGAAUACUUGGAAGAAAGCAAGAUCAAAGAAAUCGUGAACAAACAUUCUCAAUUCAUUGGUUAUCCAAUUAAAUUGUUGGUAGAAAAAGAGCGCGAGAAGGAGGUGAGUGACGAUGAAGCUGAAGAUGACAAGAAAGACGAAGAGAAGAAGGAAAUGGACACCGACGAGCCCAAGAUUGAAGAUGUCGGUGAGGAUGAAGAUGCUGAUAAAGACAAGGACAAGAAGAAGAAGAAGACUGUGAAGGUUAAGUACACCGAAGAUGAGGAGUUGAAUAAAACAAAGCCUAUUUGGACCCGCAAUCCUGAUGACAUCUCACAGGAGGAAUAUGGCGAAUUCUACAAAUCUCUGACUAAUGACUGGGAAGAUUAUUUAGCCGUAAAGCACUUCUCUGUGGAAGGCCAACUGGAAUUCCGUGCUUUGCUCUUCAUCCCACGCCGCACACCCUUCGACUUGUUCGAGAACCAGAAGAAACGCAACAACAUUAAAUUGUACGUGCGAUGUGUCUUCAUUAUGAAUAACUGUGAAGAGCUCAUUCCCGAGUACUUGAACUUCAUUAAGGGUGUUGUUGACUCUGAGGAUUUGCCACUGAAUAUUUCCCGUGAAAUGUUGCCACAGAACAAAGUAUUGAAAGUAAUUUGCAAGAACUUGGUGAAGAAGACCAUGGAAUUGAUUGAUGAACUUACUGAAGACAAGGAAUUGUAUAAGAAGUUCUACGACCAGUUCGCCAAGAACCUGAAAUUGGGUGUACAUGAAGAUAGCAACAACCGUGCCAAGCUUGCUGACUUCCUACGUUACCACACAUCCGCUUCUGGUGAUGAUGCCGCCUCUUUGGCAGAUUACGUAUCACGUAUGAAUGUGAACGAGAAGCACAUCUACUUCAUCACUGGCGAGUCAAAGGAACAAGUCAGCAACUCUGCCUUUGUUGAACGUGUUAAGGCACGUGGUUUCGAGGUCAUUUACAUGACUGAACCCAUUGAUGAGUAUGUCAUCCAACACUUGAAGGAGUACAAGGGCAAGCAAUUGACCUCCGUUACCAAGGAGGGCUUCGAGCUAUCUAAAGACGAAGCCGAGAAGAAGAAUUGUGAGGAAGACAAAGCAAAGUUCGAAAGCCUUUGCAAGCUGAUGAAGUCAAUUUUGGAUAACAAAGUUGAAAAGGUGGUCGUAUCUAGCCGAUUGGUUGAAUCGCCAUGUUGUAUUGUGACAUCGCAGCUCGGUUGGUCUGCAAACAUGGAACGUAUCACGAAGGCCCAAGCUUUGCGUGACACCUCUACCAUGGGCUACAUGGCCGGCAAGAAGCAUUUGGAAAUCAAUCCCGAACAUCCGAUCGUUGAGAUUCUGCGUCAAAACGAUAAGGCUGUUAAAGACUUGGUCAUCCUGCUCUUCGAGACUGCACUGUUGUCAUCCGGUUUCUCGUCUCGCAUGAUCAAGCUAGGUCUUGGUAUCGAUGAGGAAGAACCAACGGCGACUGAAGAUACACAGAGCGCUGGUGAUGCUCCUCCAUUGGUUGAUGACACCGAAGACGCUUCUCAUAUGGAAGAAGUCGAUUAAACUAAGCCUUGACUUUAAUUUAGCGUUCCAAAAUCUGAGGGCGGAUUGCUACACUCAUACAU